AUGAGAUCUGCUAGUAUUUUUUCGCUUUCUUGUAUUCUCAUGUUCUUCAUCAUGAACAGUGUCAAAGACGUGGAAGCUGGAUUAACUCCCAUGGAUAACAAAUGCGUCCGCCAGAAGGAUAUAUUUGUCGGGGGAUGCGGUCGUGAUGGAAACGAAAUGUGCAUAAACGACUUUGUUCAGAAAGGCAAUGAUUGGCCUUCUAGUUGCGAAGGUGAAGAGAAUAGGCCUUCUAGUUGCGACUGUGAUAACUACACGGACCAACAUUUAUGCACAUGUGAUUUUGAUUGCUAG